AUGUCGCUCCUCGCGGGUCCGGGGGUGCUUGUUAACACCUUUGUUCUGGGGGCCGCUCUGAAGUUUUGCUUCCCCUAUUCGUGGAGCUGGGGUCUGUCCCUGACGUUGGGCGGCCUUUUGAGCGCAACGGAUCCAGUGGCAGUGGUCGCCCUCUUGAAGGAGCUGGGCGCCAGCAAGAAGCUCAACACCAUAAUCGAGGGGGAGUCGCUCAUCAACGACGGCACGGCGAUCGUCGUCUUUCGCCUCUUCUACCGGAUCGUCUUCGGCAGCAAGUUCAACUUCGUCAACACAAUCGUCUAUUUUAUGCAGAUCUCCUUUGGAGGAGUGGCAAUGGGCAUCGCCUUUGGGCUGGUCGCCAUAAUGUGGCUCGGUUUCGUGUUCAACGACACUCUCAUCGAAAUCACCAUCACGGUCUCGGCCGCGUAUAUGGUCUACUUCACGUCGGAGCAGAAUGCGGGUGUCUCUGGCGUCAUCGGCGUUAUGUUCCUUGGAAUAUUCUUUGCCGCGGUCGGCAACACGGCGUUCACGGGAGAGCACAAGAAGAGCUUGCACCACUUCUGGGAGAUGGUCGCGUACAUGGCUAACACGCUCAUAUUCAUCCUCAGUGGGGUCAUCAUUGCUGAGGUCAUCCUGCGCAACACGGAGAGCAUCGACGCGCGCGACUGGGUGUACCUCAUCGUGCUCUACCUCUUCGUCCAGUUAGCCCGGGUUGUCGUCGUCGGGUUAUCCUACCCGCUGCUUAAGUACUGGGGUUACGGAAUCGACUGGAAAAAGGCGACGGUGAUGACGUGGGCGGGGCUACGUGGCGCUGUGGCACUUACCCUUGCUCUCACGGUUAACAGUGACGACGGGCCGCACAUCGAUGCUCACGGGAUCGACCAAACGGUCUCCGCUAAGGACCGAGCGAGGGUUGUGUUCCUGACCGGCGGGGUUGUGUUCCUAACCCUGGUCAUUAACGGCAGCACGAGCCAGUGGCUGCUCAGCGCCCUGGGCUUGGACCGCCUGACCGAAUCCAAGCUGCGUAUCUUGGGCUAUGCGCAACAGGAGAUGCGCAGUCUUGAGCUGCAGUCGUAUGUGGAGGUGGGAGAGGACGACGAGGAGCUGGGCCCUGCGCACUGGGCCUCCGUCCAGAAUUUCGUGACAAACCUGAGGAAAGGCGAGACCGAGGAGCCGAGCGAUCCCUUUGGUCCGGUCAUCAGCGAUGAGACGACCGAGAUGCACCGCAUGCGGCUGCGAGAUGUGCGCGCGCGUUUCCUCCGAGGCGUCCAGGCGGCCUACUGGGACCAGCUCGACGAGGGUCGCCUGUCCCAAGUCGAAACGCGCAUCCUCAUCGAAUCCAUCGAAUGCGGCUUAGACUCGGACACCGAGUUGUGCGACUGGGCGGAACUGCGGCCAUACGUGCAAGUGCCCCCCUGGCUGCGCUUCCUGCAGUCGAUCCAGCACAACAACUCGUACGUGAACGCGUUGGUUAAACGGCUGGUGGUGGGCAGUUUGGAGCAGGCGUGUGCGCUCGCGGCGGGGUAUCUGCGCGCGCACCACAGGGCAAGGGAGCAGCUGAAGCACUUCCUCCACGACGAUGAGCUGGCAGCCGAGGUGAUCAAGGAGAGCGCGUGGUUCUCGAAGGAGCCGCACAUGUUCCUCGAGGAGGUGGCGCACACCUUUCCUCAAGUGCUGACAACGGUGAAGACGCGUCAGGUGGCGUUCCACGUGCUUGGCGAUCUCAUGUCGUACAUCGAGGACCUGGACACCGCGGGCCUCGUUGACUCCAAGGAGAUCGAGCGGCUCCAGAACGUCAUCCGAUUGGACCUCAAGAAGCUGAAACGCGCGCCGCGGCUGAUCCGCCCCCAGCAGCCAACCGGCCUGCUGCAGAGCACUCCCCUGGGGAGCCACGUGCCCCCCCAGUUUGAAACAAUGGUGCGGAAGGACGGAGAAGAGCGCACUUUCCCCAAGGGAGCGCCGGUCUACCGGGAGGGCUCCGAGGGCAACGAGGUGUUCGUCGUUGCGAGCGGGCACGUCAAGGUCUACAGCGCCGAUGGCGUCAGCAACUUGGUGGGAGGGCGCCGGGUGCCCCAGUUCGUGUUGGGCGCGGGUGCCAUCCUGGGGCUGUACGAGGCCCUCACGGGCAACCGCGCAAAGCUAACCAGCGUCGCGGCUGAUUCUGUGUGCACGUGCUACAUUGUCGAUAGGACCCUCCUUGCCGAGAUGGUUAGCACGGACGUGGACGUAACCCAGUUCCUCUGGAAGGAGAGCGCCGUGCUGCUGUCCCGGUUGGUGCUCCCCCGGGCUGUUGCCCACAUGAGCCUCCAAGAGAUCCGGAAAAUGAUUCUGGAGAAUGGACGGCUGAAGCUCUUUGGACCCGAAGAGCCUGUUUACAUCCGGUACGACGAGGUGCUCGUAUUGCUGGAGGGGAGGCUGCGCAACACCGAAGGCUCCUCGCUGGUAGCACCACUGGGGCUGGAUCCUGACGUUUCCUCGCUAUUGGCAGGGCCGCUCGACACCGUGCGCCUCAAGGCGGAGCUGGAGUACGUGGCCGAGGUGCUCACGCGCGUGCUCUUCAUCCCGGUUGGCAUCAACCGGGGCUUCUCGCAGUCGCAAUACCCUCUCCCAACCGAGACCGCAAAAGCGCUUGGUGUUAGCGCCGUGUCCUUUGCCGACUACCAGGUUGCAGCAAAGCCCGGGCCUGAUGGACCCGUGGACUCACAGGAGGCCUUGUCAGAUGGGCGGGAAGCGUCUAAGGACGCCCCGGCGGAGAGGGCCGCCUCCGCCGUGCUGACUAGCAAGGCCUCGGCGGGUAACGUGAACCCUGCGAAAUUUACCCGGCAGUUUACCCGGUUGCCAAGUGGGCGAAAUAUGAGGCCGCUCGCCGAUUUGGGUGUGACUAUGCCCAUGGAGCCGGUUCCGGUGAGAGGGCGUUCCGCGGCCCCACUGCCGGCGGACCAUGGGGGCGCCGAGGAUUCGAAGGAUGCCUUUGACGACCUUGAGGCCAUUGUUGUGGACGGGUAA